GCUGGAUCCGGCAAAGACCGACAAGAUGUCACGGUGGCCUGCGCGCAAGCUAUUUUAUCUACAGAAGAGUUUAUGCCCAAUGGAUUAUUGGAACCAUAUUGAUGUAAAGCAGCAAUAUGAAGAAUACUAGCACCUGCAAUUAUAAAAGGAAGUAAGUAAUGAAGGACGAUGGAGGUAAGGGCAUUCCUAGGCGUAGUCGGCUUUUGGAGGAUCUUCAUUAAGAACUUUGCCAAGAUUGUUGAGCCUAUCCGGGCUAUGAUAAGGGAAGAAGGAACCAUGGAUUGGACGGAGGAGCGAGAAGGGGUUGUCCAAAGGCUCAAGGACAUACUGACAUCUGAGACAGUCGCUCUGUCCUCGCCUUGUUUUAAUGACGAAGUGGGACGACCCUUCAUCCUAGAGAUGGAUGGAGGACCUUUGGCCGUAGGAGGUGUGUUGAUUCAAAGGGAUGAGGGAGGAAAAGAUAGGCCGAUUAGGUUCGAAAAUAGAACCCUGAACUCCGCAGAACGGCGGUACUCGCAAUUCACGAAGGAAGUCCUAGCCAUCCUGCAUUGCCUUAAGACCUUCCAGGCCUACCUAUUUGGGAGGCGGUUCAUCUUAAGGAUCGAUCCGACGAAUGUCGCAGGGGCCCUAAAGAAUUACAGGCCUAUAGAUCCAACGGUAGGGAGAUGGGUAGGAUUCAUCUGGCAGUUCGAUUACAAGAUCGAACGGAUUGCUGGAAUCCGCAACAAGGCAGAUGGGCUGAGUCGGGUCUGCAUCACUUCCGAAGGAAUGGAGGAUGCAGAGCCCAUAGACGCCUUCCUCGAAUACGAAGGAGGAACUCUUGCGGUGGAUAACGAAAUGAUGAGCGAGGGAUGCACAUCGGGAGAACUAUUGAUCCAGACUUUGCAGAAGGGGGCACCUGCCAUAGUAGCUGAACUUAGGGAAGGUCCAGUUACCACUCGAGGACGCAGAGAAGAAAAGGACUCAUGGGGAGCGAUAGUAGGACCGAAGGAGGAGCUGAUAGCAAUGGCGGUCGAAGAGGGCCGGGAAGCAGUGAUGAGCUUAGUGGAAUCUUGGGAAAGGAAAGAGUUGCAAUGGGUGGUAAAUCAGAUGCAGGAAAGAAAGGAUGGGGGCAAGGAAGGGGAGGAGUUUUUCUAUGUCCAAUCAUACGAAGGGCUCUUUCGGGAGAUCGGCUUGUUGUUGGUAGGAAACAAACAACCUACGGAAGUCAGUAUUCAGGCAAGAGAAGAAGUCGAAAGUGAGGGCGAAAAGGAAAGGGCAAAUGUGGAAGAGGGAGGCAACACCGAAAUGGGAGAUAAGGCUCGGGUCUCUUACGAGGAAGGGGCCAUCAGGGGCGAACGACGUGAGACUUGGCAGGGGGAAAGCGAGGGGGGACAAGGUAUGCGCGACGAACGUGAGGAGGACGAGGAGAAAAGGGAGAGCCCGCUUGAAGGACGAAGCGGUCACGGCAGUUGCGAGGGGUAUGGGACGGGGACAGAGAUCCCUUUUACCUACGAUCCAAAGAACCUUGCUGGUGGGUAUAGCCCCAUACAGACUGAAGACGAGGGGGACGACGAGGAGGAUGUGCGAGAAGUCAUAGAAAUCAGCAGCGGGGAUGAGAGGGAUGAGAUCUCAAGGCCUAGGGAAGAGGGGCGGCCUCCGAUGCACCAACCAGGCGAUGGGGCUUUCAGAUGGGAGGACAAGUUCGGGCCAACGCCCAGUCAUUGGUUUCAGCAAUGGACUAAUGUAAUCAAGCACGAAUGGAUUAUCAAGACUCGGAAACUCGCAAGGGCAGGGGUGGAAGCCACACCACUGGAUUUUUUCAACGAGGCUGAGUUGCAUAAAAUUGUAAGGAUGAAAAGAGAGAUCGAGACCUACGGCCUGGGGGUUAGGAAGCCUGUCGAGGAACGGAGUGGACAAGGAACUAGGCGAGACGAGGCGCAAGGCAGUAAUAGGAACUAGGUGUUGACUUAGCAUUGAAAAGGAUCGCUGCUUUCUGUCUGCAGAGAUAUGAGAAUGACGAGAACGUGUAUAAUAUGGACAAG